CCUGCUUCCUCCUCCUCCCCGCCCCCGCCGAGAUAUUUAUUUCCCUCCUCCACCCCCCAUCCGUCCUCGCUUGCUUGUUCAAACAGCUCUUCUCCUCCGUACAACAACCACCUCAACGGUGUCCUCCCUCACCUUCGGCUCGAACUGCAGAGGAUGGUUCACCUGCCGCACAUGGGGAAGCUGCGGCGGGGGGUGAAGGAGGAGGCGGUGGACGACGACGGCGGCGCCGCGGGGGCGGCCGGGGCUGAGGCGUCGCCGUUCCAUAAGAGGUCCCGCCUCGCCCAGCAGCAGCAGCCGCAGCAAUGGAGCACAGGUGGUGCUAGCGUGUCAAAUCAGCAGUCGACGCAACAUGAUUUCCUUGAGGAGCCUAGUCCACUUGGCUUGCGGCUUAAGAAGAGCCCCUCUCUCGUGGAUUUGAUCCAAAUGAAGCUUGUGCAAGCCGGUAAGGCCAAAGAUGCCCAGCAUGGUGGCACUGCUAGUGCCUCGGAGAAAUUAAAAGCCUCCAACUUCCCUGGCUCUGUUCUAAGAAUCGGAUCUUGGGAGUGGGUAUCAAGGUACGAAGGUGAUCUUGUUGUGAAAUGCUAUUUUGCAAAGCACAAACUCGUGUGGGAAGUACUGGAUGGUGGUCUCAAGAGUAAAAUUGAGAUACAGUGGUCUGAUAUCUGUGCACUUAAGGUGGUUUGUCCAGAAACGGAACCUGGCACCCUGGAAAUCGCGUUGUCCAGGCAACCACUUUUCUUUAGAGAAACGAAUCCACAGCCAAGGAAGCACACUUUGUGGCAGGCCACUUCUGAUUUUACUGCUGGACAGGCAAGCAGGCACAGGAGGCACUUUCUUCAGUGUGCGCCCGGAAUGAUGAAUAAGCAUGUAGAGAAGCUUGUUCACUGUGACCCACGUCUAUGCUCGCUAAGCCAGCAAAAUGAUAUCACGUUGGAGAAUCCGUACUUUGAAUCAAGAUCUUCCAUAUUUGAAGACCCAGAUGAUGUAAAGUGCCAAAAUUUUGUGCAUAAUAAAGAUGAUGACGAUCAGUUAACCCCUCAAAGAUUUAGAGAACUAUUACAGCAUCAUUCUGCAUCUGGUAGGAUAGAUGCUGAAGAAAGACAGGAAGCUGGAACAUCAGAUGGCUUGGCUCGAGAUUUCUCUAAUUCAGUUGCUGACGGUCAAGUGAUUAAACAAGACGAUGGUUCCAGUGUGGGUGAACCACAUACAAGCAUCCUUCUUAGUUGGAACGGUUUUAAGUUGCCAGGGAUCCAGCGCUCCAUGUCCAAGAGUGAGAUAGCAAACCACAUUGGGCACCACAUCUACAGACAUAUGUAUUCAGGGGACCUACCCGCAGCUGAUGGUGGUGCUGGCACAUCAGGUAAACUGGCCAUAGAUGACAUCACCCGGUACCUCCUGAACGACUCUCAGAUCCUCGACAGUGGUAAUGACUCAACGGGUAAACUAGCAUUUGAUGAGAUGACCCGGCAACUUCUGAACGACUCCCAAAUCACUAUUGCUGCUGAUGAGAGGAUGCUCAUGUCAAGGGUCAAUUCUCUGUGCUCAUUGAUCCACAGAGAUUCAUGCACAGGCCAGGUAAACCCUGGUGUUCAUAGUGAUAAUAAUGAGAUUUAUGAGAGAAAGCCCCAAGCUUAUGCGCCUCCUGUUGAAGGAGACAGUGGCAAUGGCUCAUUGCCUCCAAGGCAAGAACCAUUUGGGGACCUGCUUACGCAUCUGCCGCGCAUCUCAUCAUUUCCUCAUUUCUUGUGAGUUGAGUUUGGUUCCUAGGGAGUGAAAAUGUGCAGUGGGGCCUGUAGGUUGAUGAACUGUUGUGUGUAGAAAUUUUUGCCGGGAAUCAACAUGACUCCUUUAUUCUUCUUUCUUGUAUGUACAGUAUCAGGUAGGAUAAUUUUAGGCAAGCCCUUUUGGCUCCAUAACAUGACUGUCCUAUGUUC